AUGUCGGCGCAGGGCGACUGCGAGUUUUUAGUGAAGCGAGCCCGGGAGCUAGUCCAAGGAGACCUGUGGGCCGCCAAGGCUUGGCUUAUCACCGCGCGGAGCCUCUAUCCUGCGGACUUCAACAUUCAGUAUGAGAUGUACUCCAUUGAGAGGAAUGCAGAGCGAACAGCAUCAGCAGGCAGAUUGCUAUAUGACAUGUUUGUAAAUUUUCCAGAUCAACCAGUGGUAUGGCGGGAGAUUAGUGUUAUCACAUCAGCACUACGAAAUGACUCACAGGAUAAGCAAACACAGUUUUUAAAAGGUUUAUUUGAAACUCUUCCAGGCCGAGUUCAAUGUGAAAUGUUAUUAAAAGCCACAGACCAGUGCUUCAAUACUUUAGAACGGGCAGAAAUGUUACUUUUGCUUUUACGGCGUUUUCCUGAGACUGUGGUUCAGCAUGGGGUGGGCCUUGGGGAAACAUUGUUAGAAGCAGAAAAUAUUGAAGAUCAAGAAUCGCCAGUUAAUUGCUUUAGAAAAUUAUUUGUUUGUGAUGUUCUGCCCUUAAUAAUUAACAACCCUGAUGUACGGCUUCCUGCCAGUCUGUUAUACAAGUAUCUGAAUAAAGCUGCAGAAUUUUAUAUUAAUUAUGUGACUAGAUCUUCACCGACAGAAAACCAGUAUCCAGGAACACAGGACACAUCUGAUCUUGUGUCCCCUAACAAACGAAGUGCUCAGAAAUAUAUAAUUGAAGGUCUGACUGAGAAAUCAUCUCAGAUUACAGAUCCUUGGGAAAGGAUAUUCAAAAUACUGUCCAUAGUAGGUGUGAGAUGUGAAUGGCAGAUGGAUGUGGCAAGAAGAAGCUUUGGUGACAUAUUAUUGAAAAUGAAAGAUGUCUGCAGAUACAUAAGUAAUUAUGAUAAUGAAGCUCAUGCAAAGUACAAGACCCAAGUGGUGUAUUCGACAAUGCUGGUCUUCUUCAAGAAUGCAUUCCAGUAUGUCAGCAGCAUCCAGCCUUCUCUUUUUCAAGGGUCAAAUGCUUCAAACCAAGUUCCACUGGUUCUCAUAGAGGAUGUGUCCAAUGUUUAUGGUGAUACAGAUAUCGAACGCAGCAAACACGUUCACAAGAAGCGGAAACUUGCUGAAGGGAGAGAGAAAACAAUGAGCUCUGAUGAUGAAGAUCCUUCUGGGAAGGGCAAAAACAGGCUCAUUACAAUAAAUGCAACAGAUCUUCCAAACUCAGUUGAAGUACAAGAGAGCUUUAGGUUGGCUAGAGAGAGCUGGGAACUUCUACACUCAUUGGAAUCAUUGGAUAAAGAAUUUACAAGAAUUUGUGUGUCUUGGAAGACAGAUACCUGGCUUUGGUUGAGAAUCUUCCUCACAGAUAUGAUUAUCUAUCAGGGUCAAUAUAAAAAAGCAAUUGCCAGUUUGCAUCACUUAGCAGCUCUGCAAGGAUCUCAUUCCGCACAGCAAAUCAUGGGGCAAGGAUCACUAGAGAAUCAGCGAUUCCUAAUCCAGUUAGCCACCUGUCAUUUUGCCCUCGGAGAAUAUCAUUUGACUUGUGAAAAAAUUCUUGAUCUAAUGUGCUACAUGACACUUCCCAUACAAGAAGGAGCCAAAAUACAAGACGAUCAGCCUACGUUAAAGUCAAAAUUCAGAAAAGUUUCAGAGCUGAAGCUUUGGCCAUGUACCAGUAAAACUGUUAUGCCAUAUUGCCUACGAUUACUGUUAGCUUGUUUUAAGCUGAGAGCUUUCACAGACAAUAGGGAUGAUAUGGCAUUGGGCCAUGUGAUUGUGUUGCUUCAGCAUGAGUGGCCAAGGGGUGAAAACUUGUUCUUGAAAGCAAUUAACAAAAUCUGCCAGCAAGCAAACUUCCAGUAUGAAAAUUUUUUCAACUAUAUUACAAAUAUUGAUAUGCUGGAAGAAUUUGCCUACUUAAGAACACAAGAAGGAGGAAAAAUUCAUUUGGAAUUAUUGCCAAAUCAGGGAAUGUUAAUAAAGACUUCUAGCCCUCCGCUGGGGUUACUUCAGCAGGAAUUCAUACCUGUACUACAGCCCAGCAUACAGACUGCUGACAGGCAUCACACAAUUACCAGAGGAAUAACCAAAGGUGUGAAGGAGGAUUUCCGUCUGGCAAUGGAGCGCCAAGUAUCACGCUGUGGGGAAAACCUGAUGAUGGUGUUGCAUAGAUUUUGUAUGAAUGAGAAGAUUUUGCUUCUUCAAACACUGAGCUGAGUAUUAUAGUAUUAUAGACUUCAUUGGAACUUCUAGCCAAGAAGGAGCAGACAAAGAGGAAAAUCAUUAUCAUUCCAUUAGGGGUAGCCUGUUAUCCUUAGCUGCUGAAGCAAAGUUGUUUGAAAACUACAGUCAAAACUUCAUGCACAUUUUGGUAAACAUUUAACUUUGGCAUUGUAAAUAAAAUAGCUUACAAAAUUAAUUAAAAUCAUGUUUUCAUUAAAAAAAUACCUGGUUCAGACCCAAGACUGAAUUUAAAAAUUAGGGGUGAACAGUAUAAAUCCAUAAGUCCAUCUUGGUCAUGUUGCAAUAAUUCAUGAGUCAUGCAUAAUGGAUAUAGAUAUUCAUCGUGGUGCUAUGGUCAAGUGUUCUGCCUGAGACCAUCAGGUAGUGAAAUAGGCAAGUUGGAGGUAGAUGCAAGUAAUCUGUAAGCCAGACUUGGCUAUUGCUUUUGCUAUUGCCCCUUAACUUCACAAAACAAAUAGGCUAUCUGGACUGAAACCAUGAUGGAGCUGAAGAGUACUGGUUGUUCAUUCCAUUCUAUAAUCCUGAGUAAUUUUCACAAGGAAUAGUGGCACACAGAUCAAAUUAUCAGAACCUUCCCAAACCUAUAUACUCUCAAAUGCCCUGUGUGACAUGAAUAUGUAAUUUUUAUGAGGCAAAUAAAUUUCUGAACAGAGUAUUGUGUACCGA